AGAAGCGUUUGAGGAAAGCUCCAUGGAAAUGUGUGAGCGGAAUCCUUUAAAUCCCGGCUAUGUUGGUUCUCUGUUGAAUUUUACUCCCCCUGAGUCGCUGUAUUUCUCCAACUUGCGGGGUAAUGGAGCCCACAUACCCGGGCUGCACCAGAUCCCUUACAAUAGGAGAGAGGUGUGCACGCUCCCGUGGACUUCCUCAAGUUCGUGCACGUCUGGACCAGCAGCACCACCACAGAGCCGCGCCUUUGGAGGCUACUGUCCGCCGUUUCUGUCCAACUCGGUGUCUAUAAAUACGAACUCCUCCAGCAGCGGCCACGUCAAGGCGCAUCUGGAGGAGUCGGCUCGAUGCUUUCAGGUCACAAACCACAAGACUGAGGAUUCUGGCAGGCGAGAUGAGGCUUACCACGGGGAGCAUGGGGCCGCCAGUGACCGCGGCUACUCAGAGCUGGACAGCCGGUCUCACAGCUCUGCGGCCCAGCUCGAUCCGGAUUCAGCUGCGUUGAAUGUGAACGGCACCAAACAGGAGCAGAAUCCCAUUCACCCAUCAUCCAGUCACACAUGCUCCAGGACGGCUUUUGCAGAAGGUGCCCCAUGGUGCUCGUCACAAGUGAAAACCAGAAAGAAGAGAAAGCCUUACUCGAAGCCACAGCUGGCUGAACUUGAGAAUGAAUUUAUGACGAAUGAAUUCAUCAACAGACAGAAAAGGAAGGAGUUGUCAGAGAGACUGGACCUGAGCGACCAACAAGUGAAAAUCUGGUUUCAGAACCGGAGGAUGAAGAAGAAAAGGCUGAUGAUGCGCGAACACGCUUUCUCGGCGUACUGAUGACCUUUGGACUUGAUCGUGACCAGCAGCGGACAGAAUACGUAUUGUACUAUGAAUGUUGCAGCUCAUCACAUGCCCUCUCGGUUUGUGGCACGGACUUGUAUUUAUAGAUAUGUAUGAAAAUGUUUAUAUUCCUGUCACAGAAUAGGCUCCAGUUUCAUCAAGCCCCAAGUUCAAUGACAUUAAUACUUAUAAAAUGGAUCCAGAUUAAGAUAUAAUCUACUCUACUGGUCAUUUUUUGAUACUGAGAUUCUCCAAAUGCGCACUAGGCCCUGACUCCUGCUGGCCUGUACCCGCGGAUACAAUAAACAUUUAGCAAAUUGUUUUUCAUCCAACUCAAAAGUCUAUAAACUAUGACCUAUUUAAACAGGAAUAUGUUUCUAUAUGUGUUUGUGUAUUUUGUAUGAUGGUCUGCUCAUGUGGUGUGUGGGCCUAUAAUGUGGAAGCAACAGUCAAGUUCAUGUUUACGGACGGGUCAGUUUUGCCAAAAUAUAUUCUAAUUGCA